AUGGACGUGUUGGAACGGAAAGUUCGUCCUAUCUAUGAGGCACUAGAUGCUGGUAAUCCAAAACAGGCAUUGGCUCUAUGUAAUAAAAACAUUAAGAAAUCCGAUACGGCUCCCAUAUUCAAGGCACUUAAAGCGCUAUCUCUGGAACGUCUCGACAAGCCGGAUGAAGCCUUCCAGCUCUGUAAUGAAGUGCGAGCCACUGGAUCUAUGGAUGAAGGUGUUUUGCAGGCUGUUGCGCUGGUUUAUCGUGCUAGAGCUAGACAUAUGGACUUGGUCUCAAUGUACGAGGCAGCGUAUACGAAACGACCUUCUGAUGAGGAGCUAGCGAAUCAUUGGUUUAUGUCGCUUGUGAGAUCGGGGAUUAAUGCGAAGGAACUUCAGCAGAGCGCCAUCAAACUCAACAAGCAUUUCACACGAACAGACAGAUACAUGUUCUGGAUCAUCAUGACGAUAUACCUACAAGGACUCCCACCAACCUCGAAACAAUCUUCCGCAUCCACACCAGCACAGGCACCUCACACGUCAUCCAUGCCAGCCAACAUGUUCUAUUCACUAGCUGAACGCAUGAUUGGAAAAGCUAUAAGUGAUUCCAAAAUGAAGGAUCAAGAACAGCUGUUACUGUAUUUAAUGAUUUUGGAAUCGCAAGCUAAAUAUCAGGAAGCGCUGGAUGUGCUGAAGAGUGAUUUGGGGAAAUUGUGUGCUGUACCGUCGGAAUGGAGUAGGUUGGUGUCGGGGCUGAAUAGGCGGUUGGAGAGGUGGGAUGAGUUGAGGGAUGUGGGGGUUGAGUGCUUGGGUAGAAAUUCGGAUGAUUGGGAUAGCUAUGUAAACUAUCUGGAUGCUACAUUUCAGAAAAAAAAAAUUCCAAUCGAUGAAGCCAAAGCCCUCAUACAGCAAUAUCAGCAAGCAACAAUAACGGAAUCACCUCGGAAACCACAAAGAGGUCCUUUCUUGGCUGAACUUGAGUUGCUGAUUAGGUUGAUUGCUAAGAGCAAGGAACCUUCAUCAUCUCUCGUUGCACCCGCGUUAAACUAUUUCGAACGAUUUGGAGUGACGUAUAGUUGCUUUGAUGAUCUCAGACCGGCUUUGAAUAAUCUGAGUACCGCAGAUGCCAGCAAGUUGAUUGAGUCAUUGUGUGAGAAAUAUGAUAGUGGGACUUUUGCUUCUGUUUCAGAGAAAAUCGACCAAUGUAAACGCCAAGUAAACAUCCGUAAAAUCGAACGUCUAGCUAUUCCAAUACCAGUCACAUCUCCGCUCGAAGUUUUCCAACAAGUGGAUUUGAUGAUGAGCAGAUACGACGAUGCUCUUAAAUUAGGUACCGACCUGACUGAAAAAGAACGGCAGUAUGGUGAUGAUUAUCUGUCGCUCGCGUGUCAUUAUUUGAUUGACUUGUAUGAGGGUGGUGGUGAUAUCGCCAGACUAUUCGAAUCAGCAUCCCUCCUCGAAAUUGGUCUCAAAAAAUCGAAAUACAACUUUCAAUUCAAAAUAAUGCUGAUUUGUAUAUAUCGGGAAUUGGGAGUGUAUGUCAGGGCGCUGGAUGUUGCGUCGACGCUGGAGGUCAAGCAGAUUAUGUAUGAUACGUUGAGUUACAUAUACAAUGAUGAUAUUGAAUCAUUUGGAAUUUUGAAAGAAGGAACGAGUAAUGUUGCGUUGAGGAGUCUUUUGAGGUCGUUGACAAUAUAUAGUAAUAAUGAACGAGAGACACCUGAAAUGAUUGUCCAGGCUUUUAAAUUCGGAACCUUCUCAAAGAUCCCAGAAUUCAUAAAUUUCAGAGACCGUCUCCGAAACUCAAUCCAACGCGCCAUAUGCCAUCGCCAAAUAGUCAGAAUUGAAGUCCUGCGACGAUGGAAUGUCGACAAGGCUAGUCUGGCCAACUAUUUUGCUACUGUUGAUGCUGAGUGGAUGACUGAUGAUGCUGUCGCAACAUCAUACUCAGACAACCGAGACAUAACGAUCAUGGCUGAUUGGAAUGCGAAUGGUAAAACUGCUAGUAUUGCGAGUAGGAUACGGAGGGGACGGGAGGCGCGUAGAAGCGGGCACACAUGGCUGAAACUCUACACUCUCAUACCACGCAUUCUGAAAUCAAUAAGUGCAGGAUCUGUCUCUGAUCCUGCGUUUGUUGCAUCGCGGGAUGCGUUGGAGAUGGUUGUUGAGGAGGCUGGGAAGAGUCAGGAUCCUGAUAUUUUGUGUGAAUACAAAGUAGCUAGGGUUGUGCUGUCGGUGGCAAGGUUACAGGAGCCGAUUAAAGAAGGGAAUGGGACAGAUGAUACGAAUGCUAUUGUAUCAGAGAUUAUGGGUCAAGUUAAAGACUUGCUGAAUGCUUGCUCACACUAUAAGGAAGAGCCUGUGAUUGUAUUGUCUCAGGACUGGUUGAGGGAUUGUACAUUGCUGCUAGAGAUCAUCACAUACAUUCUGGUUUCUCUACAAUCACAAUCGACUAAAAAGACGAAAUCAAAGGCUAUGACUUUCUCAGGACCAUUCGCACAACUAUCAGACCCUCUGAAAUCAAUCACCAUCGAAUUCGAAUCUAUCUUAUCUGGUCUACUCGACAAGCUCAAGAAGCAAACUAAAGUGGCAAUGAUGAAGGCUCUGUAUCAUGGUGAAAGUACACCUCCGAGAUUACGCGAAGAGGGCGCUAAGCAAUAUAAAGAAGAAGUCAUAUCGCAUGUUUGUGAUAGCUGGAUUGCAUCUGUAGAGAGUUUGAGAUUGUUGACACUCACGGAUCUGACGCAACUGGUGUAUUUGGGAGUUAAGGGUUUAUUUGCUGCUGUGAACGCUUCAGACGUAGAAGGAGUCGGAUCUGACGCUGAAGCUACACUUUGUAUUAAUCGAUCAAUGUCUAGUACUAUUGUCCCAGAGAGUGGUGACUUUGGCAUCAACAACAUUCCAUUUGGAAUCAUCAGUACAGCAUCAAAUCCUACACCACGCCCAGCUACCAUCUUGGGACAUCACGUUGUUGACAUCAAAGCUCUUGCAGACGCCAACUGUUUCAAUGGACCAUUACUAUCCUCGAUGGCUAGCAAUGUAUUCAGCAAGCCAACACUCAAUGAAUUUAUGGGAUUGACGCGUCCGCAUUGGAUUGAAGCCAGAACGACAAUUCAGAAUCUGUUGACUGGUGUUGACGACAGAUUGAAGCGUAAUCCAGCUCUAAUGUCAAAAGCGGUGAUUCCUGUUGCACAAACCCAAUCACAUCUUCCCUCUGCUAUUGGCGAUUAUACGGACUUUUAUGCUUCGAAAGAACAUGCAUUCAAUGCUGGAUCUAUCUUCCGUGGGCCGGAACAGGCUAUUCAACCUAACUGGUUUCACAUUCCAAUCGGUUAUCACGGCCGAGCAUCAUCCAUCGUCGUUUCGGGAACUCCCAUUCGCCGCCCGAAUGGUUUGAUUGGAGCUAUGACUGCUACUCCAACAUACUCAGCAUGCAAAAAGCUGGAUAUUGAGCUUGAAUUGGCCUUCUUUAUUGGUGGCCCUGCAAAUGCUUUAGGUGAUCCGAUUCCUAUCGCCAAAGCUGAAGAUCGAUUGUUUGGGUUUGUGUUGUUGAAUGAUUGGAGUGCCAGAGAUAUUCAAGCGUUUGAGUAUGUGCCUCUUGGUCCAUUCUUGGGCAAAAACUUUGGAUCCUCGAUAUCACCGUGGAUUGUCACUUUAGAAGCUCUUGAAGCUUACAAAAGACCACAGCCAACGCAAACGCCUCAACCAUCUGCAUACUUGCAAGAUCCAGAUUCGGAUCGUGCUUGUUAUGAUAUUGAGCUGGAAGUUCAUAUGCAACCAUCGGGAUCGACGAAAUCUACUAAAGUGCUUACUUCGAAUUACAAGUAUCUCUACUGGAGUCCUCGUCAAAUGAUUGCGCAUCAUAGUGUUGGUGGCUGCAAUCUGCAACCUGGUGAUAUGUGUGGAACUGGAACCAUCAGUGGACCUAACAAGGGCGAAAUGGGAUCCUUCUUGGAACGCUCGUGGAAUGGACGUGAUGCUUUUGAAGUUCAUGAUGGGAUCAAGAGGACCUUCUUGGAAGACGGUGACGAAGUUACCUUUACAGCUCAUGUUGCACCCGGUGUUGGGUUUGGGGAAUGCAGUGGAGUGAUACUACCUGCUCAUCCUUUGUCUGUAACCAAGCUUUGA